GUGACCAUGGAGCCUCAGUCCCCCACUCUGGGGAAAGCCUCAUCUCAGCAGGAGGCCCCGGGCGCACCCAGCAGAUCGGCCAGCUACGCGGAGGCCGCGCGGUUUCAUCUUUAACGCUCCUGAAGGACAAUAGCUCAUCAAGCCCCACCGAAAGCCCCAGACCCGUCGCGGAGCCUGGGCUGGCGGGGGAUGAGGCUGAGCGACUCCUCCUAGAGGUGGUUAUGUGGAGAAGGAGCAAUCCCUUCUCCCUCCUCCUCCUCCCCCCGCUACUAUCCUCGGCCCGGAGAACUGCCGCUUGCCGCCAUUGACACGCACAGAUAAAACCCAAAGAAAGGCAAAGAGUCCUGCCCGGCACCGGCACCGCGCGGGCCGAACCUGCGCCCGGGGAGGGGCGCGCAGAGGGCAGCGGGCGCGCGGAGCAGGCGGCGCAGCACCAGCACCACCUCAGUGUCGGGAGCCCAGUGUGUCAGCAAGCUGAGAGGGAAACUGAGGCAAGAUGUCCGGCCGGAGCGGGAAGAAGAAAAUGUCCAAGCUGUCCCGGUCAGCGAGGGCUGGAGUCAUCUUCCCAGUGGGGAGGCUGAUGCGUUACUUGAAGAAAGGGACGUUCAAGUACCGGAUCAGCGUGGGCGCUCCCGUCUACAUGGCAGCAGUGAUCGAGUACCUGGCAGCGGAAAUCCUAGAAUUGGCUGGGAAUGCCGCAAGGGACAACAAGAAGGCACGGAUAGCCCCGAGACACAUCCUGCUGGCCGUUGCCAAUGACGAGGAGCUCAACCAGCUGCUAAAAGGAGUGACCAUCGCCAGCGGAGGUGUCCUGCCCAGAAUUCACCCUGAACUGCUGGCCAAAAAGCGAGGGACCAAAGGCAAGUCAGAAACAAUCCUCUCCCCACCCCCAGAGAAAAGAGGAAGGAAGGCCACAUCAGGCAAGAAGGGGGGCAAGAAAGCCAAGACUGCCAAACCACGGGCAUCCAAAAAGUCCAAACCAAAGGACAGUGAUAAAGAAGGAACUUCAAAUUCCACCUCUGAAGAUGGGCCUGGGGAUGGGUUCACCAUCUUGUCUUCUAAGAGCCUUGUUCUAGGACAGAAGCUGUCCCUGACUCAGAGUGACAUCAGCCAUAUUGGCUCCAUGAGAGUGGAGGGCAUCGUCCACCCAACCACAGCUGAAAUUGACCUCAAAGAAGAUAUAGGUAAGGCCUUGGAAAAGGCUGGAGGCAAAGAGUUCUUGGAAACAGUGAAGGAGCUUCGCAAAUCCCAAGGCCCUUUAGAAGUUGCUGAAGCCGCUGUCAGCCAAUCCAGUGGACUUGCCGCUAAAUUUGUCAUCCACUGUCACAUCCCCCAGUGGGGCUCUGACAAAUGUGAAGAACAGCUUGAAGAGACCAUCAAAAACUGCCUAUCAGCAGCUGAGGACAAGAAGCUGAAGUCUGUCGCCUUCCCACCCUUCCCCAGCGGCAGAAACUGCUUUCCCAAACAGACAGCAGCCCAGGUGACCCUCAAGGCAAUCUCCGCCCACUUUGAUGACUCCAGCGUGUCGUCCCUGAAGAACGUGUACUUCCUGCUCUUCGACAGUGAGAGCAUCGGCAUCUAUGUGCAGGAGAUGGCCAAGCUCGACACCAAGUAGCCGCGCUCCACAGGGAUGGAGGAGCGACAUCACGUCACAAGAGUGGGGUUUUAUCUUUUAAAAGGAGCGAAGAAGGGUGACAGCAGGGGAGCAGAGGGCAGCUGAGAGGGACAUGGGCAGCAGAGGCAGUGAGAGCAGGUCCUGCCCACAGCAGGCGCCCCCUGCGCUUUAUCUUCUCCUUACAAAGGGCCUUGGUCCAUGCUUAACCAAGUCUCCACCAGGGGUUUUUUCCAUGUUUUCUUCCAGUUGUUUUAGAACUUUUUUUAAAAAAAAAAUCAGACCUCGUUUUAGAUUUAUAGCAUCGACUUUUACACACACUCAACAGAAAAAUCCUUUCAAGAUUCUUAAGUCUUUUGUUCCUCCUAUCUCCAAAGGAAGAGGGUAUGAGGGUGACUUGGGUUCGUGGGCUGCCUGUGUUCCAUGGUGGAGAGAAGACGGGAAAGACGUCUCACUGGUGCUUUUCUCUUGUUUCCGUGCCCCCUCCCGCCCCUCCCGCCCCUCCUGGCCCCUAUAAUAUCUGUAACUACUCCUAAAUCGUUUUUGCUUCGGGCUUAUUUUUGGUUUGGUUUCAUUUUGUUUUUUAAAGAAAAUGAAAGGAAAAAAAAGAUCCAGUGUCUUUCUUAUAACAUGUUCUUUUCUUGCAAAUUUUCUCCUGUUUAGAAAACUAGAUCCCAGUGGAUAGAAGCUUCUACAAUGUUCUAAGUCAGUAGCUCUAGGCCUGUCACUAAUGGGCUGAGGUUCCCACCGUGCUACACCAGGUGCUGGCUCAGGCAGCAGGUCCAGCUACAGGGCAAAAGCCUUGGACCAAGCUACCAGUAGGGUCACCGUCUGGGAAAGGCACAUGUCUCACUUAGGCCUGGGCAGCAAAGUGAGACAUACCCUGGGGCUCUGCCUAAAUGGAGAUGGACUGAGAACCCCAGAGAGGUGGGAUUCUGAAGGACUCUGCUCCAGCACCCAAAGGCCAUCAUCAAAAACCAGCCAGGAAGAGCAGGACAGUCAGGCCUGAAUUCUCUCAGAUGAAUUCAGCAACCUCUUCUGCCACAAACAUUACCGAGGUGGUCCAAAAUAGACGCCUCCACUCUGGAAGACCUCUCUAUAUAGAGGCGUCAUUGACACACCUUACCACAGUCAGCGGCACACAGGCUGCCACACGGCUGGGCCUGCAGGCAAGUAACACUGGGGUUGGCCGAGAAACCAGAAGCACAAAACAAAGUCCCUCGGCAUCAGCUGGAUUUUGUCACUUACAAAGUUACCUGUGCCAGUAACCUGGAAAUACGUUUGAACCUCCUGCCGAAGCCUGUCUACUCCCUGAAGGUUGAUCGACGCCUACCAGCAGGUCCCACGUCUCUGCUGCCUUUCCUGGAAAAUUCCCACAGAGGGACGGCCAGGCUGUGGCCUCAGCCCUGCCAGCUCCAGCAAGCUGUUGGGCUAGCCAGGAGGGAAACUGUAUACAGUAACUUUCUUCUUAAAAGUACCCAUGGUAUAUAGUUAGGAUCUAAAAAUGGAAAUAGAGGAAGGUCCGUGAAGACUGGAGAGUGUAGGGGCUGCCAGGGUGUGGGGGCAUGCACGUGUAGUCCCUGCUACUCGAAAGGCUAAGUUGGGAGGAUCCCAGGAGUUCAAGGCCAAGCUGGGUAACAUAGUGAGACCCUGUCUCAAAGAAGUGAGGGGGGGGGGCGGGGAGGCACUAACCAUAAUCCAGGGAGUUUAAAAUGAGGCUUCUGUUAACAAGCUGCUUGUUGCAGGGUGUGGGCUCCCCCACCCCAGUGUGAUGGGAAAGGUGCGGAGUGCAGACGUCUCUCCCUGGUGGCCCUAUUCAGCUGGCCUCAUUUUGCAGGGUGUCCUUCAGCACUCACAGACAGGGUGGCAGCCACCAGCCCCCACUCUCUCCCUACCCUGCGAGCUCCAAUCACCACACUGAAGCCACCCAACACACACGCGUGUGCUGCUCAUGCAAAUCCCCUGGAGCCUGAGUACAGAAGGCUGCCUGUGCCCCUCCCGAGA